AUGAUUGCCAGACAGCAGUGUGUCCGAGGCGGGUCCCGGGGCUUUAGCUGUGGCUCGGCCAUCGUAGGUGGCGGCAAGAGAGCUGCCUUCAGCUCGGCCUCUGUGUCUGGGGGUGCAGGACGCUGCUCCUCCGGAGGCUUUGGCAGCAGGAGCCUCUACAACCUUGGGGGGAACAAGAGCAUCUCCAUCAGUGUGGCUGGGUCCCGCCAAGGCGUCGGCUUUGGGGGUGCUGGAGGUUUUGGUGCCGGCAGCUUUGGUGCUGGUUUUGGUGCUGGCAGCUUUGGCGGUGGAUUUGGGGGCUCCUUCAGUGGGCGGGGUGGCGCUGGCUUCCCUGUCUGCCCUGCUGGUGGGAUCCAGGAAGUCACCAUCAACCAGAGCCUGCUGACGCCACUCAGUGUGGAGAUCGACCCGGAGAUCCAGAAAGUCCGGACUGAGGAACGUGAACAGAUCAAGACCCUCAACAACAAGUUUGCCUCCUUCAUUGACAAGGUGCGGUUCUUAGAGCAACAGAAUAAGGUCCUGGAGACCAAAUGGAACCUCCUCCAGCAGCAGACGACCACCACGUCCACCAAAAACCUUGAUCCCUUCUUUGAGACCUACCUCAGUGCCCUGAGAAAGCAGCUGGACACGUUGGGCAAUGACAAAGGGCGCCUGCAGUCUGAGUUGAAGGCCAUGCAGGACAGUGUGGAGGAUUUCAAGACCAAGUAUGAAGAUGAGAUCAACAAGCGCACAGCCGCUGAGAAUGACUUCGUGGUCCUCAAGAAGGAUGUGGAUGCGGCCUACAUGACCAAGGUGGACCUAGAGGCCAAGGUGGACGGACUGAAUGAUGAGAUUAACUUCCUGAGGGUCCUCCACGAGGCGGAGCUGGCCCAGAUGCAGACCCACGUCAGUGACACAUCUGUAGUCCUCUCCAUGGACAACAACCGCUGCCUGGACCUGGACAGCAUCAUUGCUGAGGUCCGUGCCCAGUAUGAGGAGAUCGCCCAGAGAAGCAAGGCUGAGGCCGAGGCCCUGUACCAGACCAAGGUCCAGCAGCUCCAGACCUCAGUUGACCAACAUGGUGACAACCUGAAGAACACCAAGAGUGAGAUUGCGGAGCUCAACAGGAUGAUCCAGAGGUUGCGGGCUGAGAUCGAGAACAUCAAGAAGCAGUGCCAGACUCUGCAGGCAUCUGUGGCUGAUGCAGAGCAGCGCGGGGAGCUGGCCCUCAAAGAUGCUUACAGCAAGCGCACAGAGCUGGAGGCUGCCCUGCAGAAGGCCAAGGAGGAGCUGGCCCGGAUACUGCGUGAGUACCAGGAGCUCAUGAGCGUGAAGCUGGCCCUGGACGUGGAGAUCGCCACCUACCGCAAGCUGCUGGAGGGCGAGGAGUGCAGAAUGUCUGGAGAAUGCCAGAGUGCCGUGAGCAUCUCUGUGGUCGGUGGUGGUGCCGGCGUUGGAGGCAUCGGCGGAGGAUUAGGAAGCUACUCUGGGUUUGGCCUGGGUAGUGGGGGCUCUGGCUCUGGAAGUGGCUUUGGGUUUGGUGGCGGAGUCUGUGGCACUUCCAGCAGCAAGCUCAUCUCUACCACGUUGACCAAGAAAGCCUACCGAUAG